AUGGCAUUAGAGAUGCUUCCUCGGGCUUUUGAAAAUCAGCACACGACUUUAUGGAUCCGAAUACAAGCGGGAAUCUCCCUCGCCUGCCUACUUAUGGACACUGCGGAUAUCCCGACCGCAUACAAGGUUGUCAUUGAAACGCUUGAUCUCGUUUCUCAACUAACGCCUCGGUCAUUGGAGGUUUCCGAUAUGCAAGUUUUGCUAAGAAGAACGAGUGGUUUGCCUUGUAUUGCUGGAGCCCUCGCUUUGAUGGCAGGCGAGGACCUGCAUCAAGUGAUUCAAUACCUUGAACUUGGACGAGGUAUCAUAUUGAGCUCUUUAAGUGAUCUACGAAUCGAGAUGCAUGAUCUACAAGUCAGUUAUCCCGAGCUGGCACAGCAAUUUAUACAACUUUCCGACCAAUUAGACACCAAACCGGGCCUCUUAACAGGGUUUACAAACCCACGACAUGAGAUGGGCCGAAAACUGAACUCGGUGAUUGACGAGAUUCGGAAAUUACCAGGGUACGAUAGGUUUCUACUUCCUCCAUCAGAGGAUCAGUUGAAGUCCGCAGCAAUCAAUGGUCCAGUGGUUAUCAUUAACGUUAUGUACCUCCGGACCGAUGCCCUGAUUAUACAGAAGGACAGAUUUACGUCGCUAGAGCUUCCAGUCUUAUAUGGCGACGUUAAAAACUUCGCUACAAAGCCAGAAAUUGACCGACAAACACUAGAGUGGCUCUGGGAUGGGAUAGCUAGCCCAGUAUUGGAGAACUUGGGCUAUUCUGAUGUACCUACAAGUUCUACCUGGCCUCGUAUCUUCUGGAUUCCCACACGGCCUUUAUCAACUUUGCCUAUCCACGCAGCAGGCUACCAUUAUCCCAGCUCAACCAACACUGUGAUAGAUCGCGCGGUCACUAGCUACAGCUCGUCUGUCAAAGCUCUCAUUCAGGGCCGGCAGAACACUGUAAGUCUGCCAGCUUCUCGAAAAUUAGGAAAGGCGGUUUUAGUUGGGGUCAAAGAGCUCUGUUAUGCCCCGGAGGAAGUCAACGAGCUUGGAAAGCUAUGCGCUGGGAUGGGGCUGGAAAUACAGAGGCUGGAACCCUACCGAGAAGAUGUCCUCUUAUCCUUGGCCGAGUGUGAGAUAUUCCACUUUGCAGGUCAUGGAUCGUCACAUCAGCUUGAUCCAUCCCAAAGCUCCCUAAAAAUGGAAGAUGGGCCAGUGACUGUUCAAGACUUAUUCAGUUUGAAGCUGUACCAGAGAGCUCCGUUUCUUGCAUAUCUCUCGGCAUGCAGUACGGGCUACACAGAAGAUGAACGACUUGGCGAUGAAGGGCUACAUCUGAUAAGUGCGUGUCACCUAGCGGGCUUUCGGAAUAUUAUCGGAACUCUGCGUAGAGUCAACGAUCAGUUCUACGUUGAAGUAGCAAAGAUGACUUACAAGUGGAUUGAGGAUCACAACAUGAGAGGUGGAUCGGUCGGCGAGGGACUUCACCAUGCUACCAGAAUACAGCGAGAUGAGUGGAUGAUCGAUGGUUCAGGCUUAGACCGAGCCCAGCGUGGUCUCGACGGAGGAGAAUGUCAUGACGGUCAAGGCAACCAGAAGAUGUGUUGUACUUCGAGGGAGGGCAGAGAUAUGGUUGGCUGUGAGGAAGGACCAAUUUAUUGGGCCCCGUUUGUCCACUUUGGGGUUUAA